AGUCUGCAGGAUUCCUGACACGCCGGAAUGAGCUCACCCUCACCGGUGUCAUUUGAGAUCACUGGCAGAGAAUGCCAAAAAGCCAAGUGGAAACAUGAAUUAAUCAUCCAAAUAAAAAAAAAACCCCAAACCCACCCGAAUGUUGUGCAAGCGUUUCAACCUGGAGAUUUAAUAUCAGCAGGAUGCAUGAAAUUUGGGUGCAAAUUCGGCAGCCAGAGGUAUUUUGCCAAGAAGGCUGGUACGUGGCACCGUGACUCAUUUUGGAGGUUGGCUACCGAUACGAUGAGUCUUCCAGCGCUUGGGACUCAACCGGCAAAGCUCAAAGGGAGCGGAGACAAACGCAGAGAUGCUUUUGGCCCUCCUGGGAGAAUCUUUCCUGGAAUUAAACAGGAAAACAGAAGACAUAUGUUAUUUUUAAUCUGCGUGCAACUCGCCAGCAGUGCCCAGAUCCAGGGAAUUUUAUCAGUCUGCUUCAAUAAAAAAAAGCAAUGCCAGCGCGAUGCAACCGCCCCAAGGACGUGGCCAACGCGCACAUCGAGGUGGGCAACAACACGCUGCUCAACACCUGCCUGCGCUACACCUGCAACCCGGGCUACAAGCGCAAAGCCGGUACCUCCAACCUUAUCCAAUGCAUCCUCCCUGACGGCUCCACCAAGCCCAACUGGACCAACACCACGCUGCAAUGCAUCCGGGAUCCAGCUCUACCUCCACUACCUCCCAACCCUGAGCUCCCGACCACACCGCACACCGAGACGACGACCCAGAGGGCAGGAACCACCGUUGCCAGCCCAACCUCCAGUCCCUCUCCAGCAGGAACGCCUGGGCUGUCAGGAGCUGACGGCUGGUCACCCGUGCCACCACCACCCGAUGGGCCAUCACCAGAGACAUCCGCGCCACCAGAGAUGCCCCCACCACUGGAGACAUCCACGCUGGGAGAGGGGACAGCCCUGGGGACAAGCCCACUGCCUGCUGCCCCCCUGGACCAUGCCACAGUUUCCAUCCAGACCCUGGCCUCCUUCAUUGGUAUGGUGGUGGUGGUGGUUGCCGGUGCCGUGGCCUGCUGCUGCAGGAGGAUGAAAAUGCGUGCGAGGCAGGACUACAGGGUGGUGGCCAUACCCAUGGUGGCUCCCGCUGCUGAGAACGAGGAGAUGUUGCCGCCCGGCAUCUUCCCCAUGGGCUGAGCACCCACCACCGGGCAACUCGGUGCACCCACCAGCCCGGAGGAUUCUUGGGGCUUGGAUGGAAAGCCAGACACUUCCCUGAGCGGCAGCGGCGUGUGGCAGAGCAUAUCCCUGUCCUCAGCCGCCCUCCACGUGGAGCAUCCUCGCCCCAGGGACACGUGGCUGCUCUUCCCAGCCUGACCGAGCCAUUCUCAUGGAUGAGACUGCUCCAGCACCCAAAGGUGCGUGGGUGCCCCAUCAUGUGGCUGAACGGGGGGUGGGUGAGCCCUGUGAGCACCCCAGGGUGGCGUGGUGGUGGGUGUUCUGUGUCGGGAGCCAGAAUUCAGAGGAGGUAGUCCCGUGGGUGCUGGUGGGUGGCAGGGAGCGGGCUGGGGGCUGCCUGCCCCAGCGGAGGGUGUUUGAGGUGCAGGGGAGGGGGUUUGGGUGCUGGGGGUGAAGCUGGGCUGCCCUGCCCCAAGUAGCUCCUGUCCCCUGGUCAGCAGCAAGGCCAGAGUUGGGCCAGCUGCACACCAGCCCCUUUCCUAGAGCAGUUUUGCCCCCAAAUUGCCCCAGAAACCAGAAAGUGGUGACCAGACGGAGAGCGAGCGACCCAGCCACGCUGCGUCCUUACCCCCUUCCUGCUCUCUUUCAGCCAUUUGCCGGGGAACCCACAACCGCAGCGAAGGGUGCCGGUGCCAUCCUGCUGCGGUUGCAGAGGGCCGGUGCUCGUACACAGCUCAGGGAUCCUUCGGAGGCACUUUCGGCGCCGACCCCGGGUGCCGCCGGCAGGAGCGAUUUCACUGUAGACACUACCAAAGACUGAAGGCAAUAACAUGACCGAGGAAUUAUUUUCUUUUGCACGUUUUCCUUUUGUCCAUCACCAGUUGUUAUCCACUCGUUUCCCACUUGCUAUAGAACAGGCAGCUUUAUACUGGCGCUGUUUUAUGUAUAAAUGUGUAUAUAUUAUUAUAUAUAAAAUAAUGUGUAUAUAUUGUGUAUAAAAUAAUGCAUACACAGCAGUUGAUUUUUUUUGUCUGGUUGGGCACCUCGGCAGCUGCGAUGGUGGGGAGGACAGCGGGGACAGACGGCAGCUGGGUUGGGUGAAAUCCGUCUCUUGCAGCAGCAAGGGCUCGCUGGCCACCAGCAUUGCUGUCCUCCAGAGGCGAAAGGUGAUGGCAAGGUGGCAGCCGCCAUCGCUCAGGCUGGAUGGCAAAAGGGGUUUUAGCAGUCAGCUGGAAACCAGUAGGUAUCUAAUGACUUAAUUUCCACAUCCUUUCCUCACUGCUGGGUCUUGUCCUCCUGUUUGUGCUGCUGCUCUGGACCACUGGAGCUGGAGGAAGCAACGCUUUGGAUGUGUGACGGACCAAACCCUCCUGCAGCGGCACUGUCUCUUCCCAACGUACCAUGGGACGGUUGGAAAGCAGGUGAGGCUGGAAGGGGUCGCUGGAGGUGCCUGGUCCAAAGUCUGCACCGAGCUUUGCGGUUACAUCCAACAUUCCAAAGUCUUGAGCGAACUUCUGCUCGCGCUUAGGUGAGCAGAACAGGGAAAGCCUUUCUGGAGUCAAUGCUUCAAAAGUGAAAGGUGAGCCAGCAAAGCAGCUACUGUUCAAUGAAUAACCGCGGAAAUCAACAGGAUGCACGAGCUUCCUCCAGCAGGCAAGGCUCACGGCUCCAGGUCCAUGUCCAAGAGCAGAUCUCUUCUAAAAUUGGUUUUGAUCUCCGCAUGACACGGGCUCUGGGACAAUGAGCCAUGGUGUCUUCAAAGGGAGAAGACACCAAUCUGGCAAGACCACCACGCUGCUUGCCCCAUUGCUACUGCGAUGGCUGGUAAAUGAAUGCAACCCAGGACAGCUUCUUAACAGAAGGGAAGAGAGAAAAAGGAAGCAUUAAGGCUUUUUUGUUUGUUUGUUUGUUACAAAUUUAAUUUCAGCAUUAAAAACGCUCUCCAGUUCGUCUCAGAGUUAGGGUUUGCUGCAGGAAGAAGGGAAACAGAGUCUGGGGAAACCCCUCUGCUACAAGUAAGGAAAACUAAUUCAGCUGGGAGAGACUAACGACUUCCUCCCAGAGCUGACAGUUUUUGUCCAUUAAAAGAGGUGCCAGGAAAAAGUCCAUUUCUAGGAAUAAAGUGUUUCUUCAGAUACUUUUCAACGUUGCAUUUCCUCUUCUUCCAAGCGGGUCAGAGGGAUUUCACUGAGGUGUGACACGAUGGAAUAAGCAGGGAUACCCUGGCAGUUUGGUCAUUAGAGGUUUUUUACCUGGUGACAGGGGAACCUGAGUAAUGCUCAGAAAAAAAGCCGUCCUGUCCGAUACAGUGCAUAUAUAGUGCAUAUAUAUAGUGCAUAUUCUUCUGUGCAGUGAUGCAGGCCGUGCCGACCAGCUCCUGGUGGGCAAGGCAAGGCUUGAGAACAGGUCUC